AAGCCGCGGGUCGCUGCACCGGAUCCGGGGAACCAACCCUGGACGCACUCAGGACGCAGUGGGUGGAGGCGCGGCCCAGGCUGCAGGGAGGAGCAAGGUAGAGCCCGGCCUCCUGCACGUCCCCGCUGCUGCUGCCCCUGGGCGUGGCCUCUUCUGUCCCACCCACUGACACGCCCCCGGGCCCCUCUCCGGGCGGGGGUCCCCACCCUCUCGGGCCCUGGACCCAGCUUAGCGAGCUCCCCCCCGGGUGCCAUGGCCUCGCGGCUCCUGCACCGGCUGCGACACGCCCUGGCUAGCGAUGGCCCCGGGGAGGCGGCGGCAGGCCCCGAGGCCGAGCAGUUCCCUGAAAGCUCGGAGCUGGAGGACGACGACGCCGAGGGCCUGUCCUCCCGCCUCAGCGGCACCCUCAGCUUCACCAGUGCCGAGGAUGACCCGGACGAGGACGACGAGGACGACGAGGCCGGCCCCGACUCGCUGCCCUCCGGAGACGGGACAUCGGGAGAAGACGCAGAACGAAGUCCCCCACCUGAUGGACAACGGGGCAGUCAACUUCUGGCUCGGCAGCUGCAGGAUUUCUGGAAGAAGUCUCGGAACACUCUAGUUCCACAGCGGCUGCUCUUUGAGGUGACCAGCGCCAAUGUUGUCAAGGACCCUCCCUCCAAGUACGUGCUCUACACCCUCGCCGUGAUGGGCCCAGGGCCACCAGAUCGCCAGCCGGCCCAGAUCUCCCGCCGCUACUCGGACUUUGAGCGGCUGCACAGAAACCUGCAGCGGCAAUUCCGGGGCCCCAUGGCUGCCAUCUCCUUCCCCCGUAAGCGCCUGCGCCGGAACUUUACGGCAGAAACCAUUGCCCGCCGGAGCCGGGCCUUUGAACAGUUUUUGAGCCACCUGCAGGCAGUGCCCGAGCUACGCCAUGCUCCAGACCUGCAGGACUUCUUCGUGCUGCCCGAGCUGCGGCGGGCGCAGAGCCUCACCUGCACUGGCCUUUAUCGCGAGGCUCUGGCACUCUGGGCCAACGCCUGGCAGCUGCAGACCCAGUUGGGCACCCCUUCUGGCCCAGACCGCCCCCUGGUGACUCUGGCUGGGUUGGCUGUGUGCCAUCAGGAGCUGGAGGAUCCUGGGGAAGCACGAGCAUGUAGUGAGAAGGCUCUGCAGCUGCUGGGAGACAAGAGACCUCAUCCUUUCCUGGCACCCUUUCUAGAGGCCCAUGUCCGGCUCUCCUGGCGCCUGGGCCUAGACAAACGGCAGACAGAGGCCCAGCUUCAGUCCCUACAGGAGGCAGGCCUUACCCCUAUCCCACCCCCCAGCCUCAAGGAGCUGCUCAUCAAAGAGGUGCUGGACUAACUUUUACCUGUCUUAAGGCCGCUUCUGGGAAAGGGGCUGCCCCAGGUCAGGGGGUUGGGGGCCGUAGAGGACACAGUGAGCAACCGGGGGCGAAAGGGGUUCUGGGAACCCCUAAAGUAGUUCCAGAAAGAGUCUGCAGCAGACUGAGAGGAAUUCGUUUUGUGGGGCUGGGCUCCAAACAAACUUUGGCUGCGGUUACCCUAGGAUGAUACAAGGAGGAAGUUUUGGCAUCGGCUCUUCAGCCUACGACCAGGUCAGGAUCACUGUUUCCUUUUCCAUGGGCCUCUACACCAGUAAAACAGCUUGGCUGAAGGGCCGGGCACUACUGGAGUCCUGGAGUUUAGAGACAGGGGGAGGGCUGUAGCUCUGCCCGGGGGAAUUAAGGACCAGCUACUCCAGCGUUGACAAUCUCUUUAUUGGACGUAGGAGGCAGGAAGCCCGGCUCUCAGCUGUGGCUCCUGCCCUGGAAAUGGCAGUAGGGAUAGAGUUCUUCAAGCCCGGGCCAGGCCAGUCAUCUCUGACUACAGCUUACUCGCUGACACCGGAGGUUUCAAUCGGAUCACUCCCUCCUGGGCACAGGUCACAGCAAGGACCCCAUCCCGACGCCACAGCCGCCCACACACUAGCCCUCGAGAGCCACCUGUGGGCAAGGAGAAGGGUGAGAACGGCCUCUGCUUCAGCACAAGCCUGCUUUGUGUUUGACACAGGGCAGAGCUGCCCCACACGAAGGUACAUUGGAACAGCAUGACUACUCCAAAUACCCAUGUGAGCCUGUUAUAGUCACUGGGGGAGGGGGCUGCCCUCCACUAGAUGGUCUAAAAGCACUUUCAUAUAUGUGCUCACUUCCUCAAAAGACCACAGAGAAAGGCACUCUGACAACAGUCUCCACAGGCUGGGCCAAGCAGAUGCUGCUUCUCAGGCCCCGAUGAGAAAUCUCAUUCUUUCCUUUUGUAACAAGCCAAGCUAGUCCUCCCAGCUGGUCAUCCACCACGAAGGGGAGAGAGCGCAGAGACAGGACCUGAGACAAUGAGCUAUGGCCUCCCAUCCCUUUCCAUCUAGGGGUUCUUAACCUUGGUGGCUCUGGCCCGAGAUAGUUAUUCUUAGGAAGCUAACUUUGGCUUCCUUUACACGCAGAGCCCACUCAGAUCUAGCUGUAGCCAGAGAGCAUUGGCUUUGUUUCUUGUACUGUUUUGCACACAUUGACACUAAAGUACAAAGAGGCUCAGGCUUGGCCCCAAGGAUCAGGCCGAAGUGAUUGACUGUCCUAACUUCAAGGUUGUGAGUCUCGUCCUGUGAUGCUGGUGGUAUCUGAGUAACCCUUUCCUGACUGUAAGGGGUUGCUUAAGUCUUGUCCGUUUUAUAAAGCAAAGCUUUUCUUCC